AUGGAGAAUGAAUUUGGCAACGACAAUGGAGAAAAAAAUUACAAUUUCAUCCAAGGCCGAUUGUUAUCUCAUCCACAACCUGGAGAAGAAAUUGUAGUAACAGGUAUAUCGGGAUAUUUUCCACAUUCGGAAAAUGUGUUAGAAUUCCAGGAGAACCUUUACAUGAAACGAAAGAUGCUUCAUGGUAAUAUGCGAUGGGACUUUCAACAUGCUGAAAUCCCGGAGGUAACAGGUGCAGUUCCUAACGCAGACAAAUUCGAUGCUGGAUUUUUUGGUAUUCAUGAAAGGCAAGGCCAUACCCAAGAUGCGGCGAGUAGGAUGCUUCUAGAAAGAACUGUCGAGGCCAUCUUUGAUGCUGGUCUUCAUCCCUCUGAUUUUGAAAACACCAACACAGGAUUGUAUGUUGGAGCGUGCUUCAGCGAGAACGAAAAAUAUUGUUUUUUCGAUAACAUGAUACCUCAAAAUUUCGCUUACACUGGUGCAGUUAGAUCAAUGAUAGCUCACAGAGUCAGCUAUUUCCUGAAGCUGAAAGGACCUUCCUUCAUAGCUGAUACAGCUUGUAGCAGUUCUUUCUACGCUCUCGAACACGCCUACAGAGACUUAAGAUUUGGAAAUGUCGACAUGGCCAUAGUAGCUGGUACGAAUUUGUGUAUGCAUCCCUUCGCAUCUCUUCAAUUCGCAAGGUUAGGAGUACUGUGUAAAGAUGGCGUCUGCAAAUCUUUCGACGAGGCUGCAAACGGUUACGUCAGAUCCGAGGUGAUAGGGGUCAUGAUUUUGCAGAAAGCAAAACACGCCAAAAGGAAAUACUUGGAGCUCAUCCACGCCAAGACGAACUGCGACGGUUACAAAGAAACAGGCAUCACUUUCCCAUCGAAGGAUUCUCAGUACGCUCUCAUGAAAGAGGUGUACGAUGAGUCUGGGAUCAGUCCUUACAGCCUCAGCUAUCUCGAGGCACAUGGCACAGGUACUGCAGUUGGAGAUCCAGAAGAAUGUGGAGGAAUCGACGAACUGUUUGCCAAAGGCAGACCAACCCCUCUUUUGAUGGGUUCAGUAAAAUCUAACAUCGGACAUGCUGAGCCAGCUUCUGGGAUUGCUUCAAUUAUAAAAUGUAUAAUCGCAACGGAAAAUGGAUACAUCCCUCCAAAUAUCAACUACAAUAAACCGAAUCCAAAUAUUUUGGGAUUAGUGGAAGGACGGAUGAAAGUGGUUACGCAAAAAAUACCGUUUGAAGAUGACAGAGGGCUGAUAGGUAUCAACAGUUUUGGAUUUGGCGGUGGUAAUGGUCAUUUACUCGUCAGAGGUAACAAAAAAGAAAAAGUAAAUGGUGGACUACCGAAGGAUGAUCUACCUAGAUUACUUUGUCUCAGCGGUAGAACGAACGAAGCGGUUGUCCAUCUAAUCGACGAUAUCAAAAACAAUCCUCUGGAUGCUGAGCAUAUCAGACUUUUACACAACGUUUUCAGGAAGGAUAUUUCUAACCAUUUAUACAGAGGGUUUUCGAUCGUCUCAAAGCAUGGUGAGGUUUGUAGAUUCACUGAACGAUACCGAGGAUUGCAAGUACCGUUUUAUUUGACAUUUGGGGAGUUGGAAAAUUGGUGUGAAAUUGGAAAUGACCUAAUGGAUAUCCCAAUAUUUCGAGACACUCUACAAAGAAUCCAGAAGAAAUUAACAACGAAAGGAGUGAAAAUCAUCGAAAUAAUGAAGAAGGCUUCUGCUGAGGAUCGGAAUACUUAUCAUGCAUUGGGCAGUGUGGUCGUUCAAAUGGGCAUCAUAGAUGUACUCAAAACCAUAAAAAUCGUGCCGAAAUUCCAGUUUGGUUACUCUUAUGGGGAAAUAUUAUCAGCCUACUUCGAUGAAUAUCUUUCACUUGAUGAAACAGUGAAUUGUGCCUUCGAAAUUAAUAAAUCUAUCAAUUUGAUAGAUGACUGGAAUACCGAGAAUUACAAAUCUAUGAAUAUAAUCGAACAAGUGAAUGGAUAUUAUCCAACUGGUCAUCAUUCAAGUGGAUCAGUUUUGGAAAAUUUCAGACAAGCGCUUUCCUUCAAUAAACCUACUGGUAUCAAAAAAAAUCUACUGGAGAACUUGUCGAAUAUCAUCAAGUCAAAACCAACAAAAACUGGAAAAUUGAACAAUUCGUUUGCUACAGCUGAAUACUUCGUAGAAGCAAUGUCAGAUACGAUUUCCCAUAAUUUCCUGGAAUGUCUCGAAAAGAAUUCAAUUCUGUUGAAGAUUGGAACCUUCCCCAUCAACGGAGCAAUCAAGUGUGUUAAAGUGAUCAAUUUCUUCUCGAAAGAAAGCGCCAACUAUGUUGUCGACUUCCUGAAGAUCCUAGGAAACUUAUACGUCAAUGGUCAUCAUCCGCAAGUAGCUUCAAUGUAUCCAGAAAUAAAGUUUCCAGUGGGCAGAGGAACCAGGAUGAUUUCUCCCCAUAUAAAAUGGAACCACGACAGAAUAUGGAACGUUCCGCUUUACAAGAUCAACUCAAACGACAUAACAGCGCAACAAGAAUUGAAGAAAGUUAAAAUUCAACUGUCUGACCACGAAUGGUCUUAUGUAGAUGGACAUGUUAUUGAUGGAAGGAACCUUUUUCCGGCCACCGGGUACUUGUACUUGGUAUGGGAGACGUUGUGCGAGGCGAAUGAUGUACCGAUGAACAUCCGCGACGUGGUUUUCGAGAACUGCAAGUUCCUGAGGGCCACUUCGGUACCGCCGAAGGGCUUCAUAUCGUACGGUGUGUCCAUCAACAGGUGUUCGGGACGAUUCGAGGUCUCCGAAGGGGAUUACCCGGUGGUGACUGGACGAAUUUACGCUCUGGACGAAAACAUCAAUUCGACUAGCGUUUUCGGCGAAGCCAGGGAUAUUGAUGAGUCUGUUCUCGAGAUGAAGACGAAGGAUAUCUACAAGGAGUUGCGGUUACGAGGAUACAACUACAAGGGAGACUUCCGCAGCAUGGUUGCUUGUGAUGUGAAUGCCUCCAAAGCUCUCAUCAGAUGGAACGAGAACUGGGUCGCUUUCUUGGACAACAUGCUGCAAAUGAAGAUCCUGAAGACGGAUUCUCGACUCCUCUACGUGCCCACGUUCAUUGCCCAUCUGAGGAUACCUUCCAAGACCCAUAGAGAAUGGCUCGUGGAAACAUAUAUCAGUCAGGGCAAAGAAACCAUUUUGCCGGUUUAUAGCAAUGAAAUGGCCGAUACUAUCACUUGUGGUGGUGUGGAAAUCAAAGGACUGGUAGCAACUUCAAUUGCCCGGAAAAAGGAGCUGGGAAUACCCGUUUUGGAGAAAUACGUGUUCGUUCCAAACUCAGCAACUCUUUCAAUCGAGCAAUCAGUGAGAGUAAACAUGCAACUCCUUCUUGAAAACGCUCUAGUCUAUAAAGUUAAAGCAGUGGAAGUUAUAGACGAAUUUACCAAACCGGAUGCCACUCUGUUGACACCUUUGGUGAAAAUGGUGUUCGAAGAUCAACCGUUGAUCCAACCGCUCGUCAAAAUUUUAACUAAGAAUGCUUUAGAAGCUGACGUACCUGUAGAGGACAAAAAACUAUCGGAAGAACUGGACAACUUGUUAGUGAUUGCUUCAAACUUACUGGAGCGAACAGAGCUACUACAAGAUGCUUUACGUUCUCUGAAAGACAAUGGCUACAUAUUAUCUCGUGAACCAUUAUCCUUCGACCCUAUCACAGCGAUCGCCAGAAACGAUCUCACACUAUUGACAACUCACAGAACAGACACAGAGACAUUAGUUUUUCUGAAAAAAACAUCGACAACCCACAAAGAACCCUUCGUCUUGAGAGUAACCUCCUCGGAUGACUUCUCUUGGAUUGCAACACUCCAAGACCAACUGAAAAGCAAAAAGACCGAUAACGUGGUACUAUACGCUCAGAAUGAACCCCACAGCGGAAUACUAGGCCUUGUGAACUGCCUGAGAAGAGAACCAGACACCACCAACGUCAAAUGCGUUUUCAUAAUGGAUGAGGCAGAAGAAUUCAGCCUCGCAGCUCCAUUCUAUGCCGAGCAAUUGGCCAAGAACAUGGCCAUCAAUGUCUGGAAAGGUGGUUCUUGGGGAACAUACCGACACCUACUGAUCGAGGAUCUCGAGAAAAUAGAGAGUGAGCACUGUUUCGUCAACAGUGGCAUCAGAGGAGACUUGUCGAGCCUUGCUUGGUACCAAGGACCUCUCCAACACGACAUGAUAGAGCCUUGCGAGUGGAGGCUAGCCUACGUGUACUAUGCGUCGCUGAAUUUCAGAGACGUUAUGACAGCUUCUGGAAGAAUCAACAACGAUGUGAUCACCCAGAACCGAAUUGACCAACAAUGUGUCCAAGGUUUCGAGUUCUCGGGAAUUGACAGCAGAGGGAACAGGAUAAUGGGCAUGAAAACUCAUGGAGCUCUAUCGACGUUGGUUCUAUCUGAUAACUAUUUGACCUUCAAAGUUCCAGAGGGGAUGAGCCUCAGAGAUGCUGCAACUCUACCGGUGGUUUAUGGUACUGUUAUUUACGCAAUGGUCCUACGUGGCAAAUUGAAACGGGGUGACUCGGUUUUGAUUCACUCUGGCACUGGAGGAGUUGGUCAAGCAGCCAUCAGGAUGGCCUUACACUAUGGCUGCAAAAUUUAUACUACGGUGGGAACCAAAGCCAAAAGGGAUUUUAUCAAGAAGACUUUUCCACAACUGAAAGAUUGCCAUAUCGGUGACUCCCACAGCAACUCAUUCGAAACAACAAUAAAGAGAGACACCAAAGGCCGCGGGGUCGACCUGGUCUUAAAUUCUCUGGCCGAAGAAAAACUCCAAACCUCCUUGAGAUGCGUAGCGAGAGGAGGCAGAUUCCUGGAAAUAGGCAAAUUCGACUUGGCCAACAACAACUCGAUCAAUUUGCGUGUGCUCGAAAAAGACGUUUCCUUCCAUGGAGUCAUGUUGGAUCAGCUGAUGAGCGCGCCACCAACUGUCAAGAGGGAAAUCACUCAGGUGUUCACAGAGGCUUUGGAAGCAGGACAUGUGAAGCCUCUGGAUGCGACUGUAUUUGGUUUCGAUCAAGUAGAAGAAGCUUUCAGGUAUAUGGCUACCGGCAAACAUAUGGGGAAAGUCAUGAUCAAAAUUAGAGAGGAAGAAAUGUGUAACAGUAGUUCACUAGUAUCCAAAUUCCCAUGCAAACCCAGAUAUUUCUGUGAUCCAGAUAAAACAUACAUAAUCAUGGGAGGAUUAGGUGGAUUUGGAUUGGAGUUGGCUGAUUGGCUAGUACUAAGAGGAGCGAAAAAUAUAGUACUUACUUCGAGAUCAGGAGUAAAGACUGGAUAUCAACAACUCAGAAUCAAGUGUUGGAAGUCCUAUGGUGCAACAAUCAAAAUCUCCAAGGCUGAUAUAACAACGAAGGAAGGCUGCAGGACACUUGUACAGGAAGCUCAGAAAUUAGGAGAAAUAACAGCCAUUUUCAACCUUGCAGUAGUACUUGCAGACGCCUUGUUCGAAAACCAGACGAAAGAAAGUUUCGUCACAUCAUCUGGACCAAAAUCUCUAGCUACCAAGUAUAUCGAUGAAAUAUCUAGAGAGUUGUGCCCAGGCCUGAGAGAUUUUGUGAUAUUCUCAUCUGUGACAUGUGGUCGGGGCAAUGCUGGCCAAACAAAUUACGGAAUGUCAAAUUCUGUUAUGGAGAGAAUUUGCGAACAGAGAAAACAAGAUGGAUUCCCUGCCUUAGCCAUUCAGUGGGGAGCUAUAGGAGAAGUGGGUCUGGUAGCUGAAAUGCAAGAAAUCGAAUGUGAAUUGGAAAUAGGUGGAACAUUGCAACAGAGAAUUUCCAGUUGCCUGAGUGUACUAGAUGGAUUUCUAGUGAAGAGGGAUUCUACGAUAGUGUCGAGUAUGGUAGUAGCGGAAAAACGAGGAGCGCAAGAAAAAGCUGAAAAUAUCGUUCAAGUUGUUGUUAAUAUUCUAGGAUUGACCAGUGCGAAAAACGUCAGCCAUCAUUGCACUUUACCAGAACUAGGAAUGGAUUCUAUGACAGCAGUCGAGAUAAAACAAAUCCUAGAAAGAGAUUACGAAGUAUUUUUAAGUCCCAAGGAUAUGAGGACCAUGACCCUAGCCAAGUUGAAGAAAAUCCAGGAGGACAGUGAUCUGGCCACCAAAGACGAAACCAAGCAAACAGACGCUAACGAAGGUCUAGAAAUGUUCUUCAGAAUAUCACUCGAAGAAACCGACAACACUAGUUCGCAUAUGCGACUGCAAUCGAAGACUGAAGAUAAUCCCUCUGGAAGAAACAUCGUGAUCUUCCCGGGCAUCGAUGGAUCUGCUAAAGCUUUGGAGCCAAUGGCACGUCAUCUUGAUGGAGAUGUUCUUGGUCUGCAGUUCAUACACGAAGAAUGUUGUACCACAGUACAAAACAUGGCUCAAAAAUUACUUCCGGUGGUAGAAGAACACUUGAAAGACAGCAAAACGUUCAAGAUGAUAGCCUACUCCUUUGGGAGCAUGGUAGCCUUAGAAAUUGUCCACAUACUCGAGUCAAAAGGAUACGAAGGAACCGUGGCGUUAGUGGAUGGAUCUCCGUUGAUAUUCAAGCACAAUUUAAUAGAUAAAAUUGGGAAUUCGGCGGAUUCUGAAAGGGUAUUGCAGACUCUCAUCUUAUGUCAUCUGCUCAAGUAUUAUAUUUCUGCCGAAGCUGCUUCACAACAUGAGGCAUCUCUCUUUGGCUGCGAGUCCUGGGACGAUCGUGUAGAGAUGGCCAUUCGAAUAGUUGGAGACAAAUCAAAAUUGAGCAAAGAGUACCAAAGGUCCGUAUCCACGGGCAUAUACGAGAGGACCAAAUGCAUCAUGAACUACGUCCCAUCUUUCACCAGCAUCAAAUCAAAAGUGAAACUGUACAGAUCCACGUUGAACAGCUUCUCGUACCCGGAAGAAGACUACGGGCUGUCUGGUGUUUGCGGACACCCUGUAGAGGUGGAAUACGUCGAUGGAAGCCACAUCAGCAUUUUGGAUAAUGUGGCGUUACCCGAACUGAUUAAUUCUUUGUUUUCCGUGGAGUCCUCUGGAGAAGCACAAUGA